AAUUUGUGUUAUAUAAUGUAUCCACAUGUUAGCGCAUGGUGCAUGAUGAUUUUGAAAACUAGUUUUAAGUUGUCUACUGUGGUCUUGAAAAGUACUCUUAUCCUCAAUAUCUGUAUAUGAGCUGAAAGGGAAAUUAUUACUCAAAACUCAUUAUGGGAAGAAUGAACUACCACAAGUCUCCUUUUCCUUUUUUUUAAUGGGAUUGCUGCUGUUUCCCAAUGUUCUUGAACUUGGGAUUCCAUUUGAACUGUUUGCGUUAAUAUCAGAGAGUAUACGCCCCUUAUCAUCUUUAUUGCUGCUGCUGAAUACUUAUUGACCAGUGAGUCUUUCCUUCCCUCAAAUCACUUUCUGAGUCUCCAGACCUCCACCUGUUCACCAUACAGGAUGUUGACGUUUACGUUGUUGCUGCUGGCUUUGUCAAGUUUACAUGCUGCCCCACUGAGGGAUCAUGUAGUGGCAUCCCCUAGAGGUAGGCUUCAGGAUCGCAAGGUCCUGGUUCUUCCCCGGAGCGUCCCAGUGGAGGAGCGCAGACAGGGAACAGAGCCCUCCAGACGCUUCCUCAUGGACCUGAACACCGGCCUCGUCAAGGAACAUAUCAACGAGAUGGACAGGAGAGUGGCACCAGUGUACGUUCCUCCCUCUGUGGAUGAGUUCAGACAGGGAACCGAGAACUCCCAGAAGACUCUGGUGGACAUCAGGAGCGGACGCAUCAUCAAACCUGUCGGAGAGAUGGAGAGAAGCAUGAUAAUGACUCCUCAGGAGCCUAUGGAGGUCCCAGUCCCAGUCCAGAGGAGAGUGGGAGGAUGGGUGAGGGCUGAUGUUUUGCCCUGGAGCGUCCCAGUGGAGGAGCGCAGACAGGGAACAGAGCCCUCCAGACGCUUCCUCAUGGACCUGAACACCGGCCUCGUCAAGGAACACAUUAGUGAGAUGGACAGGAGAGUGGCACCAGUGUACACUCCUUCCUCUGUGGAUGAGUACAGACAGGGGACCAAGAACUCCCAGAAGACUCUAGUGGACAUCAGGAGCGGACGCAUCACCAGGCCUGUUGGAGAGAUGGAGAGAAGCAUGAAACAGAUACUUCAGGAUGAGAGAGACAGAUUCCAAAAUGUGAGGCUGGUCGAGGCUGAGGUCCGGAGCAUCCCAGUAGAGGAACGUAGACAGGGAACAGAGCCCUCCAGACGCUUCAUCAUGGACCUGAACACCGGCCUAGUCAAGGAACAUGUCAGUGAGAUGGACAGGAGAGUGGCACCAGUGUACACUCCUUCCUCUGUGGAUGAGUUCAGACAGGGAACAGAGAACUCCCAGAAAACUCUGAUUGACAUCAGGAGCGGACGCAUCAUCAGGCCUGUUGGAGAGAUGGAGAGAAGCAUGAAACUGACACCUCAGGAUGACAGGCUGGUGGGUGCUAAGGCUGAGACUCACUCAGAGAAAGAGUGUGUUGGUGUGGUCAUCGAUGGCCACUGCUAUCAGUUCAACCCCACACUAAUGACCUUCAGUGAGGCAGAGUCCUCCUGCAGCAUUCUCUCCCCUCACGGACACCUGGCCUCCGUAACCAACGGCGACCUGCACUCCCGCCUGGUCUCCAUGGUGAUCAGGGCCACCAAGAGUCCCGUCCUCACCUGGCUGGGUGGAGUCGUGAAGGAUAAGCAGUCAGAGUGGACCGAUGGGUCCUCCUGGGGCUACAGUGAUUGGAUGCCCGGUCACCCAGACACACAGACAGACAAGCAGGCUUGUCUGGAGAUGUUCAGAAUUGAUGAAAGCUGGUGGACAGCAGUGGACUGUGAACUGAAGAGAGCUUCCAUCUGCUCCUUCCCCAUGGCAGCAUAAGAGGCCUGCACUAACUGUAGAAUUAGAAUAAGUAGAAUGGACAUUACAAUUCACUAUGAAAGGGACUUGUCACUUGAUGGCAAGUUGCAACAUGAAGUGUUCUAUUGAAGUGUUCUAUUCUGUCACCAUCUUGAGUGACUUAAAAAACACAUGGAUUUUUAAAAAAUAUAUCCAUUCUACACAUUCUGUUUCCAUGCAGUAAUCAUGUGAACCAUAAAACAUCUGCAUCCUGUUUGUAUUAAGUAGUAUGUCCUCCCUUCUUAAAAUAAAAACGGAGCAUUUUA